AUGAAUUGUCAGCGCCACCCUUGGUUUGUCUCUACAUUUGAUUUUUGUUUCCCUACUGAGCAAACAUCCCCCAACGGCUAUGCUUCCUUUCGCGCCACGAUGUUAAGAGCCGUGAAAUUAGUUGAUGCCCACACCCAUUUACACAUGUGCCCGCUCGCUGUACAAGCUGCGACAGUCGAAUCUUUUUCUCACCUCGCGGUCUGCGCAACUUCGCCCGGCGAUUGGGAGACUGUGCUGGAGCUCGCAGAAGCGAGGAACCCCCAACAACAAGGCUGCAAAAUAGUCCCCUACCUCGGUGUCCACCCAUGGUGGGCGAAGCACAAUUCGACGGAGCGCACCCUGGCCGACUUGCGACGCUUGCUGGAGCAGCACCCAAGACUGCAAGUCGGAGAAAUCGGGCUGGACAAAAUUCACGGGAAGAGGCGGAAAGACUUUCCAGCGCAGAAGGAGCUGUUCCGGAAGCAGCUUCUGCUCGCAGGCGAGUUUUCCCGGGGCGUGCAGGUGCACUGUGUGCAGAGUGGCGGCGGUAUAGUGGAGGAAUACGAUGCGGUUGUCGCCUCCGGGUCACCAGGAGCGCAACUACUUCCUGUGUACACAAUCUUGCAUUCUUACAUCCUCGGCCCGGAUUUAGUGCCUCUGUUCCUGCAAAAGAUCCCCAACGUUUACUUCUCCUUCGCCUAUCACAACAAGCCAGAAGCAGUGGAGCGACUGCGGGCGACGCUGCGGAAAGUUCCCUUGGACAGAAUACUCGUCGAGACCGACUCCCCCGCACAGACACCCGACGUGGUGCCAGUUGUUUCGGCAGAAGAUGAUAAGACACUAGAAUUUUGCGAGGAGGUAGUAACAUCGACGGAGAACGAUGGGUCGUCCAGGUUUCAGUUUGUCACGAAGACGGCUUUACAGCCGGACGGAUCAACGGUUUUACAUUUCUGCCCAUGCUGCGGCCCCAGCGGGCGGAGAGACAACAAGCCUGAGAACAUACGUUUCGUACUGGAGCAGGUUGGAAGCAUAUUGGAAAAAUCGGCAGCAGAAGUGGCCGAAAUCGUUGCAAGAAACGCAGAGAGGAUUUUCAGUGAUGACCUAUCAACUUCUAGCCCCGUGGAUCGGGGAAAGACAUAAA